AUGUUUGUUUGUUUUAGUCAUUGCCUACGUACGUCAACACAGACAUCAAUAACAACAACAACAUCUGUUCUUGUAACGUAUAUUGUCAACUCCAAAUCAAAUUGGCAGACUCCAGUGAUCGUUGCUGUUGUGUGUAUUUGUACAAUCUGCAGAAUUGUCAGUCUUGUGGUCUGCAUACGGAAGCGAAAACGAAGGCAGACCGAGGACAAAAAGAAACAGAAGGACGAGCUGAAAGAUAAUUACAAACACGAUGCAGAUUUUGACGAAGAGACGUAUGCCUAUAUCAACCCGAUCGAUCUAAGCAACAAUGCACCUUUCGGGAAAACAGCGAAACAGACUAUUGGUAUUACCGACGAUUAUUUACAUUUAGACAUAUCGAAGAAAGAAAAGACCCAGUACGCAAAGUUAAACGCAGGAAAGAAUAAUAGCAGAAGGGAUGGACCAGUGCUACCCGAAAUACCUUAUGACAGUUAUCGAGAUCCUUAUGAGAAACUUCGUUCUACAAAUCAAAAGCAAGGGGUAUAUGAUAAAAUUCAUAACGAUUACCGACAUCGACACACUUAUAUCAAUGGAAAGCAGUCUGAUACAAGAUUUAGUAACGAGACGCAAAAGGAAAACGACUACUUUAAACUGGGUGGUAUUCAAGAGAAUUAUCUCAUACGUAUGGAAGGAAAUCACGAGGGGAACAAGGAACCUCCUAGAAACAUGUUUGUAGUAAGCAAGAUAGAAGAGGAUAUCCUAGAGGGAUAUGAAAGACCAGAUCCACAAUUAUACAAACAAUAUUAAUAGUGCCAAUGUUGGCUGACCUAAAUGCAUUGAUAAUUGAUUAUAGAGAGUGUGAAAUUGUAUAUAAAAAAUCUUCACAAGAAUUAAUUUUGAAAGACCAUUUCUAUGUUUGUGGAUCAGAUUUUGAACGUUUGAACCUUUUAUGAACGGCAAACAUAUUGUCUCCUCUACUCUUUCUUGUAUACAGAGAUGUCAUUCUGCUGGUUUAUGACACACCAUUUAGCCAUGCCUGUUUUUCUUUGGCGUUUCGUUUGGUUUAUGUAGUAUAUUUAUAUAAUUUGUUUUAUAUUAUAAUUUCGUUUCAGAUAAUCAUGGAAACAUAUUACAGUAUUUUAAUACGUCUGUUGCAUCGCAUGGUAUAGCACAACUUGCAGCACAUUGAAUCUUAAACACUAAUGGAAGUGCAGUUUCAAAAUAAGACAAAGUUGCAACAAACACAAAUCAUCUUAUCAAGUCAUACCAUAUAGCUCUCUAAAAACUAUAGGUAUAAGAUAUGCUACAUAUUUGCCGUGUAAGACAAGUAGCUGUCACUAUGUAUAGAGUAACAUUUACGAUACAAAAUGUCGUGAAUUCCAAACAAUUCAUAAGAUUUGAAUCAGCAGUUUUAUCUACUUUCUUUGACUGUGGAAGCAAAAGUUUGUGUUAGGCAUAUAUAUUGAUUGAAUGUCGUGUUUUGUUUUGGGGCUAUUAUAUGAACAGUUAAAACGUUACAGUCUGAUGAUGAAAAAUAAGCAAUCCCGUGAGCUUUAUAACUCUCCGUUACAGAUCCGUUUUCUUAGUGUAACGAUUUGACGCGACAGUUAUUCAAACUUUAUAUGAUACAAAGUUUAAGGGUUUUAAUUUUACCUAUAUAUCACAAGCGUCUAUAAAAGGAGAACACUAUACAAGUGUAAAUGUAUUUGCAAUUUAACGAAUGUCUUUAAUGAGAAUAACUAUGCCUGACACAUUUGAUGCAAUAGACGGAUAAAAUGUGUCUUCUUUUAUAUGAUAUGUUUUAUGUUAUCAGUUGUGAGAUACAUAACCCCUGUUUCAAAUCCUGCCUAUUCUGCAGUGUUACAUCUUUAUCAAAGAGAUAUCAUACCAUUCAUUACA